AUCCUUCGUUCUGCCCCCCUUUUCCGGCUGUGAACAGUCCAGCUCCCAAGAAGACCUCUAGUACGUUGUAGUACGGAAAUCGCUUCGGAGGUCAAUCAAGGACACUAGACUCUAGGCAUAGAUCUGUUUUCUAGACACCCUUCAUCAGGAUGUCCACAGACGCCACCACUUUUGAAUCUAACUUCUCAGCGGAGAGCUACUAUGCGACGCAGUCUCCGCCGCCCAGCCUGGAGCACGAUGUGCGGAACGUCCGCGACUUCGUCCGCAAGCACGUCAACGCGGGCAGGAAUGUCGUUCUCGUGACGAGUGGCGGGACAACUGUUCCGUUGGAACUCAACGUCGUUCGUUUUCUGGACAACUUCAGCGCUGGCACUCGUGGAGCAACGUCUGCCGAAUACUUCCUGAAGGCAGGCUACGCGGUCAUAUUCAUGCACCGUCAAUUCAGCCUGCAGCCCUUCAGCAGACACUAUUCACACUCGACGCAUCCGUUUCUUGAUUUCCUAGAAAUCGAGAAGGACGACAAUCAUUCGUCCGCACGGAUCAAUGUCACGGAGAAGGAGCGCGCACCGUUGCUGGAGGUUCUCACCGCUUACAAGAGCGCACACACCGCGGGUCUCUUACACACACUCAAUUUCGUCACAGUGAACGACUACCUCUGGCUCCUGCGCGCCGUGAGCCAAGAGCUUGCUGUUCUGGGACGGCGCGCGUUGUACUACCUUGCCGCCGCCGUCAGCGAUUUCUUCCUACCAAGACAGAAGAUGUCUGAGCACAAGAUACAAUCAGGGAAGGGCAGCCUGCACAUAGAGAUGGAUCAGGUUCCGAAGAUUCUGAAGCCCCUAGUGUCCGAGUGGACACAAGGGCAAGCCUUCAUCGUGUCCUUCAAGCUUGAGACCGAUCCGUCGCUCCUUGUGCCCAAAGCGCGCCAGGCACUCGCUCGGUAUGGCCACCAAGUGGUGAUCGGCAAUGAUCUACACACUCGCAAGCACCAGGUCAUCUUUGUAUCGCCAUCUCCGGGGCUAGACAACGAGUACGUCGAGACUUGGGUACGGAUAGACCCGUCGCAAGACUUAACAAAGGAGGUAGAGGAGGAUAUCGUCGCAGAGCUUGUGCACAGGCAUCGCGCCUGGAUAGAGACGUCGCCCACCUCAUAGACCAGUAGUCAUGUAUAGCAUGUACUAUCUACGACCUACAUGCGCUCUGGGAUCUCUGCGAAAUUCUUGCUGUAUUCAGGGCAUGAAAGCCAGUGAUACGCCCACCAUCAACGCCGUAACUACUCAAGACUGGAGAAGAGAA